AUGCCGCCAACGACAACAUUCACCAUUAACGUCCCAGAAGCAAGACUUCAACGGCUGAAACAAAAGCUUGAACUGACAGAUUUCCCGGAUGAGGUCACUGAUUUGACCCCAGAUGACGCCUGGUCUCGGGGAGUUCCUUUAUCGGAGAUGAAGAGACUCGUCCGUUACUGGCACGAUGAAUUUAACUGGAGAGCAGUCGAGACAAGCCUAAACAAACUUCCUCACUUCUCCACUGAGGUUGAAAUAGAGGGUUUUGGCAACUAUCAAAUCCAUUUCAUUCAUCAGCAUAGCCAUGUCACCAACGCCAUCCCCUUGCUCUUUCUUCAUGGCUGGCCCGGUAGCUUCAUCGAAGUCACCAAGAUUCUCCCACUGCUGAUCAAGGGAAGUGGCGCAUCCCCCGUGUUCCACGUUGUGGCUCCAAGUUUGAUAGAUUUUGGCUUUUCAUCAGGGUCGAAAAAGAAAGCCUUUUAUAUGGAGCAACACGCAGAGUCAUGCCAUAAACUCAUGCUUUCCCUGGGAUAUGAUGAAUACGUUAUCCAAGCGGGAGACAUGGGGUGUCUUGUAGCACGUCUUCUAGCUUCCAAGUACGGUCGCGCACAUUGCAAAGCUCUCCAUACCAACUCGGCAUUCCCCGCUGAGCCGACUGCCUCGUCCCAUCCUGAGCUUUACGAAAAGGUCAAGGCCACCCCUCUAUCAGAGGAUGAGAUCGCUGGGCUCGGCCGUACAGCUGUGUUCGGUACAGAGGGGAACGGAUAUUACAAGCAACUAUCCACCAGGGACCAAACCAUUGGGUACAGCCUGGCUGACAGCCCGGUCGGUCUCUUGGCAUGGCUCUACGAGAAGUUGCAUGACUGGAGCGAUAACUACCCGUGGACGGACGACGAGAUUCUUACAUGGGUUAGCAUCUACUAUUUCUCGUCCGCGGGCGCUGGGGCUUCCGGGCGCGCGUAUUAUGCUUUGGAGCACAGUGACCCGCCGGCAUUUGCGGCAUCGCAGCGUUAUGUGGAUGUGCCACUGGGGAUCGCAAGGUUCGUCGGGGAUACUGUUCUGUUGCCAAAGCUCUGGAGUCAGACAUUAGGGCCUGUGGUAUAUGAGAGUGAAUACUCAAAGGGGGGACAUUUCGCGGCCUGGGAGCGGCCAGAGGAUAUUGUGAAAGAUUUGAGAGCGAUGUUUGGGAAGGGAGGGGGGGCAAGUGGUUGCGUGACUGGAAAGUCUGGGUUUGACGAUUGA